AUGCCAACCCUGCCACAACUGCUCCCGUCGUGGACUGGCCGACUCCUGCACAUUCCCAGAGUCGAACAUUGCCAAACCAGCAGACUCGAACAGUCCGAGCCAGUUGACAUCCUCAUGGGCGCCUUGAAGCAGGCGAACUCGGCUACUACGCUGGAUGCCGCGUCUGGCUCUCAAACUGCAAGACCUUCGCCUGAAAGCGAUGACAUGGACGCCAACUACGAGGCAUCGGCUUUGAUUACCGACUCAGCUGGUUACCUCGAGUUGUCCGAGUCGCAGACUACCUACGUGGGAGGUGCCCAUUGGAUGGCGAUCCUGAGAAACAUUCCCGAGUUGGCCAAUGCUUUCGAUAGCGGUUUCGACGUCCCGGAUAAGGAUGGCGAUGUGUUUGCAGAGGGUGAUGAUGGUGAACCCGCCCUCACGGGAUACCUUGAAAGGGUAGAUCGGCAAGAUAUUCUUAAUGCGAUUCCUUCCAAAGACUUCGCAGACAGCCUGGUGGCGGUAUGUUUCACAAACACUAACAAUGAAGCAAGUAUGUUUGUGCACCUUCAGGCGACUGGGGAGAGGCUGAUCAAAAUAUACGAGAGAUUUUGGGCAGAUCCCUCGUCAACUCCUAUCAUAUGGGUUGGGCUGCUAUUCAGUCUCAUGUGUCUCGCAGUGCAAUAUCAACAAUAUUCUCCAAACGAAGCACGACGCCUCCAGGUUAUCGAGUCAAACCCCGGAAACCUCGUUCGACUUUACCGCACAAAGGCCAUCCAAUGCCUCACUUUGGGAAAGUACACUAACGCGCCGCCUUAUGCGGUCGAAACACUCUUAAUAUACCUCUUCAUGGAGACACUGGGUCGCCAAAGAAUCCAGGGCCUUGAUGGGCCCUUGAUACAGUGGGGGAAUCUCGUUCGAAUCGCUUUCAAAGCUGGCUACCACAGAGACGGCUCAAACUUUCCUGGUAUUUCGUGUUUUCAGGCGGAAACACGGCGAAGAGUCUGGGCAAUUCUGGUCGGGUGGGAUCUAUAUUUGUCGAUGCAAUUUGCCGUGCCCUCAAUGAUCAAUCUGUCACUGUGCGACACCAACGAACCCAGAAAUCUGGGAGACGAAGACCUCUAUGAGCAUAUGCUGGAAUUGCCCCCUCCGAGGCCGGACUCGGCACAGACAGUCCCCGGAUUCCACGUCGCCAAGAAUCGACUGCUCGAAAUCUUUGGCAAAAUCAGUGACUUGACAAUGUCAGUCAAGUCUGCAGCUUCGUACGCCGAAAUUCUCAAACUAGACGCCGACCUUACGAGUACAUAUGAAUCGAUCAUCUCCGUGUGGCAACCUCAAGACCAAUCGGAGAACUCGAUGCCGGCUGCUUCGCAACCUGCUCCCUCUUUCAGCAUGGCUUGCACGUUCCUCGCUUUCAUUUACUACAGGGCUCGAAUCGCCUUACAUCGCAGGUACAUCGCUCCAGGGCGAAAGUACAAGCAAUUCACCUAUUCGCGCAAGGUCGGCAUUGAAGCAGCUCUUACCAUCUUGCAACAUCAAUGGGUUUUGUAUCUGGAAACUCAAGUAGGUGGUCAGCUGUGCCGUCACGGCUGGAAGUUUUUGAUCCUCCUCGUCCAGGACUUCCUGUUCGCAACAGCCAUCCUCUGUGCGGAACUUGCCGAAGAAAUAUCCCUUGUCGAUCUGGCGUGGGGAAGUAAUGGUACCACUGCUUCAGAGGAUGGGGGCAAUGCCAGUAACCGAAUGCGCGACCGGGUCUUCCACGCACUGAGCAGUGCGUACAUUGUAUGGCUCCAGUCCAAGGAUUCCGAAUCAUCACGCGAAGUAAAGCUCCUUGUUGCCUCCCUCAAGCACUUACUCAGCAGAGCCCAAGAGGCAGGAUUUGGCCAGACGACGAUGAUCGCGCCCACACCACCCGCUGUUCUACUGAAACCUAACGCGGAUGCAUAUACUGUUGAUUCGGACCGUACACUUGCUGAUCAAGCGCCGUCUCUGUCCACUUCGACAGCAGCAACACCGCAAAGCGAUGGGAUCUAUUGGGGAAUCGGACAUUUCCCCAUCUGA